AUGGCUGCCCGCAUUCCAGCUUGGAAGAAGCUGGGAUUACAGUUGAAAAAUUCUACUACCUCACCGAAUGAAGCACGCACCGGUCCCCCUGUCGAUGCAAAUACGUUAUCUCCGUCCAAAAUACCCAAGAAGAGAUCCCUUACGUCAAAAAAUGAGGAGCCAAAGGGUAAAAAACAACGGGUGGAGAAUGGGAUUACUGGCGAUGAAACAAGAGCAAGGAAAGCAAAAAAUAAAGCGGAAAGUAAAAUACCUAAAAGGAAGGGUCCGGAUUCGGAAUUGAAAACAUCCAUUGAGCUUUUCCCGGUGGAUCAACAAGAUCAAAAAGCGUCCUCCAAAAUCAAUUCCAAAACAAGAUAUUCCGUCUCCUUCGCUGAGGAUACAAAAUCAGAUGAUGAUGCAGCAGAUUUCAAACUUGAAGCUGAAGUUGAAGAUGAUCACAAGCCUACCGCUGCCUCUGCACGGAAAGCAGAGCUGAAGCGCUUAAAAAGAGAACAGCGGGUGAAGAAUCGCCCUGCGUCAAACCUACAACAACCACAUUCAUCCUCCCUUGCAGAUUCUCCUCAUACCCACCCUGCCCUGAAAUAUCUCAUGCUCUACCACAAGCAUCGGGCUCAAUGGAAAUUCCAGAAGAACCGGGAAACACACAUCCUCAAACACGCUCUCUCAAUAGAUCAUAUACCGUCCAAUUACAAUGCCGCCCUGGCUGCAUAUCUUGCCGGAUUAAAAGGUGAAGGGGCAAAGAAAAGGGUUUCAGAUGUGGCUGCGGAAGCUAUCAAGGCCGAUGAUGCUGAUGUCGAUUCACAAAAGAAUAGUGAGGAUAACGUUGAGAAGGAUGGGUAUAGAGAUGCUGUGGCAUCCUUUAGGAAGCGACUGGCGGAGCAUGGAACAGCUUCGCACGGUUGGGAAGGAGAUAUGGCUGGUAAGGAAGCUGUGGAUUUAAAUGCAGAUUGUCUUAAAAAGCUGGAAAGGAGGAGGAGGGCAGAGUUGGUUCUUCAUUUUGUUGGUGGGAGGAUGCCAACUUGUGGAACUGGGUCAAAAUCAAAAUCAGAGCCAGUGAAGAAGAAGAAAAAGAAUAGGACGGUUGUUGUGGAGGACACGAGCAGCAGCAGCAGCAGCGACAGUGAUAGUGACAGCGACAGCGACGAUGCAAGCUCCAAGCCUAUGACAAAACAAGUCAACGGAACAAAAAGUGGAGAUCAUUCUUCAUCGUCCUUAUCCUCUGAUCCAAGCUCGGAUUCCGACUCUGACACCUCCUCGGACUCUAGUUCAAAUUCAGGCUCAAGUUCAGACUCGGAUUCAAGCUCAGAUUCUGACUUGGAUUGA